AUGCCUAUCGCCUUCAAACGACCCGAAGGCGAGGCCGGAGCCACUUGGCCCGCCAUCGCCGUCGGUGCAUUCGUUGCUUUCGGUGGUGUCCUCUUUGGUUACGAUACGGGUACCAUUGGCGAUAUCCUGGGCAUGGAUUACUGGCUGAAGCUAUUCGCUACCCACAUCGACCCUGCUACCGGCAAACAUGCCCUCACCUCGGGCCAGUCAUCCGAGAUCGUCUCAUUGCUCUCCGUUGGAACUUUCUUCGGUGCCCUUCUCUCAGCUCCCACUGGUGAUCUCCUUGGUCGCAAGAUGGGUCUGAUGUCAUGGCUGGUUGUCUUCUGCAUUGGUGUUGCUCUCCAGACUGCUGCCACCGCCAUCCCCCUUUUCGUCGCUGGUCGUACUAUUGCCGGUCUCGGUGUUGGUGGUCUUUCCGCCUUGAUUCCUCUCUACCAAUCCGAGACUGCACCCAAAUGGAUUAGAGGAACAAUCGUGGGCUCUUACCAAGAAAGUAACUUGGCAAUCACCAUCGGUCUUUUGCUCGCAUCCAUUGUCGGCAACGCCACCAAGAACCGCCAAGAUACUGGAUGUUACCGCAUUCCUAUCGCUGUUCAGUUCGCUUGGGCUAUCAUCCUUUUUGGUGGUCUGCUCGUGCUCCCCGAGACUCCCCGAUUCUAUGUCAAGCAGGGCAAGCAUGCGGAGGCUGCUCGCGCUCUUGCCAAGCUCAGACGUCUUUCCACCGAUCACCCUGCUAUUGAGGAGGAAUUGGCUGAGAUCACCGCCAACCACGAAUACGAAUUGUCUCUUGGACAAGCUACCUACGUUGAUUGCUUCAAGGGUAACCUCGGCAAGCGUCUUGCUACUGGUUGUGCUCUCCAAGCUCUCCAGCAAUUGACUGGCGUCAACUUCAUCUUCUACUACGGAACUUCCUUCUUCAAGCAAUCCGGUAUUGGUAACGGCUUCACCAUCAGUUUAAUCACCUCCUGCAUUAACGUCGCUUCGACCCUCCCUGGCUUGUACAUGGUUGAGAAAUGGGGCAGAAGAAAGCUCUUGCUCUUCGGAGCCAUCGGCAUGGCCGUAUGUCAGAUCAUCGUUGCCGGUGUUGGCCUCGCCCCUGUUGAGAACCAGUCCGCUCAGAAGGCUCUCGUCGCCUUCGUUUGUAUCUACAUUUUCUUCUUCGCGUCGACGUGGGGACCUUGUGCAUGGGUGGUCACUGGCGAGAUCUUCCCCUUGAAGGUCAGAGCCAAGUCUCUUUCAAUGACCACCGCUUCCAACUGGCUGCUCAACUGGGCAAUCGCGUUCGCCACUCCUUACAUGGUUGAUGCCAUCCACACCAACGUCUUCUGGGUCUGGGCAGGAUUCUGCUGCGCCUGUGUCGUAUUCGUUUGGGCUUUCAUCUACGAGACCAAGGGACUCUCUCUGGAGCAGGUCGACGAGCUGUACGGCAAGGUCUCCAAGGCCUGGCAAUCCACCGGCUUCGUUCCCACUGUCUCAUUCCAAGAAGUCCAGGACGUUACAGGCGGAGCAGACGGAGUCGCACGCAACCAAUCUCUCACCGAGAUCGAGAACAACGCUAUGCGCAAGAAGAGUAUUACUCACCAGGAGAGCUAUGUGGGCGAGAAGAUGUAA